UCACUCUCCCAGAAUGCAUGGCUUCCAGCGCGGCGCCCAGCAGUCCAGGCCCGGAGUCUAACAAACAUCUUUAAACUUGUUCCAAAAUGUCGAUAUGGAGACGAAAUGGAGGCUGGACCGAGGCUCAAUCGGUCUGUAAAGAUGUCAAGCUGCCUCUGUGAUUCAGCGGCUGUGACCAGCGUUCAGGGCUGCUGAAAACUAAAAUAGACCGCGGGCCAACACAAGAGCUCUUCUCAGGAAGCGCAGACCCAGUCAGAGCUUCCACAGCUCCUCACCACCACAGCCCUUUUGGGGUUGCUAUGGCAGCUGCUGUCACAGAAACCAAGUGCUGGACACAGCAUGCCCCAGUAAGGCAGGACAGAGCACUAGUCAUUGCCCCAAGAGAGCAUCAAACAGUCAACAAACAGCACUUAGCAAUAAUUCUAGCACUCCAAGUUAACAAAACGACCAGAGGUCUGUAGGCUGAUGCUCAGCUCUCUGGAGGAUCCUCAUGAGUCUUGUCUGUGUGUUCUCCGGCUCUUGGCCAGAGUCCCUGUGCAGCAGCAGAGCCACUACUGUUUCUCCUGUUAGACCAUGUUUCACCAGCAGGACCAUCUAAAGAGCCAGCUGCAGGACAGCCCCCCUGCCAGCAGGCAGCUCUUCCACUGCCACGAGUGUGGAAAACAGUACAACACCCAGCUGGGUUAUAGACGCCACCUGGUGGCAGCGCACAGUGCUGCAGCCAGCCUGCCCUGUCCAGAGGGGGCGCCAUCCCUGCUGGAGCACCUGAGCAGCCAUAUUGACAGGCCUCCACCCUCAGAGGCCAACACUAGCGCUACUGUGCCAGUGCGGGAGAGGAAGUACUCAUGUGAGAGAUGUGACCGCCGCUUUUACACUCGUAAGGAUGUACGCCGUCACGCUGUGGUGCACACUGGGCGCCGUGACUUUCUGUGCCCACGCUGCGCACAACGCUUUGGCCGCAGAGACCAUCUGACCCGCCAUUUGAAGAAGAGCCAUGCCCAGGAGUCUGGGUUGAUGGCACCCUGUACACCCAGCACGCCUGUGGCUACACCGAGCCCUGCACCCCCCCAGGGCUCAGUGAAGGAGGAGACCAGCCCUGUGGCCUGUGAUAUGGGCUCUAUCUCCAAGGAGCCCAUGGAGACUUUCUCCAGGGACAUGUACAACUCCUACCCCAUGGCCAACCCUGUCUCUGGGAUGGGACACCCUCAUGGCCUCAUGCAGGGCUCCUUGUCCUCGAGUAUGGGUGUGCCUCGCCACAUGCCUCCCCAAUCUUCUCACCCCCACCACCAUCACCUGCAGCCCCCAGUGGCUCCGCAGCAGCAGCCAUACAGCAACAUGGCCAGGUACCAACACGGAUCUACCUCAUAUCCUCGCGCCGACGUGGACAGUUUCCUGUUGGACCUGCAGAGUGCCCCCCCACCUCACCUUGCUGCAGUCAACUCCUCUACCUCUACUUCUGCCUCCCCUCAGAGGGAGGUGCUGGGUGAAGGCGUGGGUGCUGGCAGCGACCCCCACCUGCUGUCCAGGAGCCCCGCCAUCCCCUCCACCGAGCUGUCCUGCACCACUAACAUGGACCUCGGGCCUCUGCUAGGCUUCUUGCCUUUCAGCCUGCCGCCCUACAGCCCCCACAUGGGGAUGGGAGGGUUAGUGAUGAGCUAUCCCCCCACCACCACCACCUCAUCCUCCUCAUCUUCUUCCACUGGGCUGUCCUCCCAGGCUCCAGGGCCUUUUACCUUCUUCCAGCCUCCCCAGGCUCAUGUACAACAGGGCCCCGGAGCCCAUAACCACAGCCAGCUACCUCAGGCAUACAGCAGUCCUGCUAUGAGCACUUCCAGCUCCCUACCUCACUACUACCAGGCCUUUCAGCAGUAAGCAGCUCUGUCUCCACAAAAGUUGCCUUCACACGUGCUCAUGCAUUUUCAUGAAAAGGCUAAAACACAAGAAUGGCAUCUGUAUUGUAAAACAAUUAAGUGACUUUACCCUGUGAGUGCUAAUGAAGCUAAUCUUAGUAUUUUCUUGCUGAACACAACAAAUCACCUCAUCAGUAUUACCUCAUUAUUUAAAAAGGAGGCUUGAACGUUUGAGGAAAUGUAGAUGGUCUCACUACAACCAAAUAGAAUACUACUUCUCUUAGUCAGACCUGUUACCAACAGUAGAUGCACUUAACACACUCAUCACAGGGCUGAACAAAUGCUGAGAGUCCUCCAGUUUUAGGUUUUCAUGGAAAACGCUACUGUGUUAGGGAUGCCACCUUCUGUUUUUUUAUUUUAGAAUAUUGGAGCAUGAACAGCCUUACGGAGUUAGGAAGAUUGGUGUAAAAUGUCUUGGUCUCUGUUAGCAAGUGCAAAAAGAGAUUGAAAAUGCAAAGAGCACCUUUUGUCUUUGUAUGAUAUCUGGUGUUUAACUAGGACUGUAACAGUAAACUAAACUCCUGUUUCGGAAUGUACAGCUCAGUAGACAGCCCAGGGUCUACAUACGGCAACAAAAACAAACUGUGCCCACCUGCGCCGCCAAGCAUUCACAAACAGUGUUCCAGCUUUGCAGCCAAUAACUGACAAGGAUUUGGGGGUGGGGGGUAGUGCGCGGAAGCACAGAAGGGAGAGGGACGGGAUGGGGGGCAGGCUAGUCUCGUUUUUGUCUAAAAAUACUUUGAACGUCAACAAGAAGUAACGUCAACCAACAUCUCAUAGAAAACCUUUAAGUCAGGAAUGUUUACAAAAUAAAAACCUCAGUAGACAAAAACAUGUCAUUAACACUUGUGUGUGACAAAUACUGCACAAGUCAAAAUCUAACACUUAGAUUUAUAUGUAUAUUUCUUUAAAAUCGCGCAUGGAAAUGUACAUAAACAAAAUGUUGCAUCAAGAUGCAUCGAUUUUCAGGUUAGAAUCAAAACGUUGGCCUCUGAAUCAAAAUUGAAUCGUGAGGUGCCCAGAGAUUUCCCCCCUACUAUGUUAUCUGUUUCACAACUAGUGCGCUGCUAAAACAUUCCUGGUAAAACUUGCGCUGCAGAAUUUCUGUAUGCAUGCAAGUAGUGUGAACGUCCAGUACUGAAAUUGUUCAGAAAGAAUACAUGUACCGUUACAGCCCUACGGUUAACUCACUAAACUGGACAGUAAAGAGUUUCCCAUCCAAUCAUGGAGCAUUACACCCACUGGUGUGUCCAAACAUAUCAGCAGAUGCUAAAACCCUUGAUGAAACAACCAAAUUUAUCAUCAAGCGUUAUUGCAAAUGUAACCCCUUUUCCAAUGGAAUUCUGAGUUAGACCUUGUUAGAAUUUGGCCUAUUUCUAAGCGUAGGUCAAUAACAGUUAACAAAACUGUAAAGCUAGUCUGCAUGUACUAUUGGUAGUAAACUGAACAUUUAGUAAAUCAAAUAUGCCACACAGUUUAUACUGGAAUUGAACUGCAAAACAUUUGAGUAAUGUCAUCUGAAAUUCUGUAAUUAGGAAAAAAUGUAAGGCAGCAGCUCAUCAUCAUUCACAUUAGAUUUUUUUCUGUUUUUUUUUUAAGGUCAUAUCAUUAUGGGGAGACUCAAAUGCUAUUUAUUUGGCAGUAUUCCCUAGCAUUGCUGGAUUAAAUUGCACUUGUGUUUCAUUUUCAUCUUUGUAGGCCCUUUAAAAGCUUGAAGUCAUGCCAAAUCACACAGGGUGGAAAACUGCUGCUCCAAUAAUGUCUGUGGGUAACCCUUUUCUUUUUUCUUUUUUUUUUUUUCACACUAAAACCGCCAGACUAUAGGGUCACUAUAUCGCCCAACAGCAUCUGUGCUUCCCUGAUGGGCCU